CAGCAACAUUUGGAUCAGCCAAAACCAAACCCAACCAAAACCUCUCUCACUCAUUCCAUACUCUUCAUAUUCUUCUUCUUCUUCUUCCCUCUAUCCUAAUCCUAUGUACGUGAAUCCAUGGACGUGAUUCUCUCUUCGAAGCCGCAAACGCUAUCCCUAAUCCCAUGCACUCCACUUUCUUCUUUUUUCUCUUACAAUCUCCGGUCCAUCCGCAGAGACUUCCUCGGGCGCGCCCACGCUCUCAGGCCGCCGGCCGGCACUCUUCGCUCCCGGAGGAAACAAAGAAAGCCAGGGCUUCGCGUCCAGUCCUCUCGCUUUCUCUUUAGAGCUUCUCUGGAGUCUCACUCUUCGGUCCUCGUCGUCGUCGUCGCCGUAGUCACCUUCUCUGCAGUCUCUGUCGUCCUCUUCAAUCGCUUUAGAAGAAAGAAGAACGAUAGAGAGGUGUCGGGGCCUCCAAAUUUUGCGUUAUUGGAACUAGGACAGGAUGUGAUGAACUGGGUCUUUGGAGGUCAGAUUCUGGGGUUCGGGGAGCUUCAUAAGGGGAAAGAAAGAAACAGGUUAAGGGAUAAAAUCGGAGAAAGCAGCCAUGCUUCUGAAGAUGAAGAGGGUCCAUUGCUGCUUCGGAACUCUGCUUUGAUUGAUGAAGAGGUUCUUGUCACCAAAACAUUACUGCCACCUGGUUCUGAUGUUCUCACAUCUAUUACUAGUGAUUAUUCGGAUACAAAUGGACCUGUUUUUGACUCAUGUGCGGUACAACCUCUUACUUCUGCUAAAGAAAUGACUGCAUUACAAGUGGAAGGACCUGAAGAGGGAAUUGCUUCUGAUUUAGAGUUGCCUACACUAAAGGAUAAUAUUGAGCUUAAUGGUGCUUCUGUUAACAUAAACAAUUCACCUGCAGAAGUGAAUGCAUAUAACAAAGCAAAUAAUGAACCUGCUGAAGAGGGCAAAACCGUCAGUGAUAAUGUCUUUCUUGGAGAAUCAGUUAGAGAAGAGCUUCACAUUUUUUAUGAGGCAAAUGAGUCGGUGACACAAUCUAUGGCGAGUUCAAGCACUUUAAAAUCAUUUUCUAAGCAUGCCUCUGUUCUGAAUAGGAACUCUGCUUUGAUUGACGAAGAGGUUCUUGUCACCAAAACAUUACUGCCACCUGGUUCUGAUGUUCUCACAUCUAGUAGUAGUGAUUAUUCGGAUACAAAUGGACCUGUUUUUGACUCAUGUGCGGUACAACCUCUUACUUUUGCCAAAGAAAUGACUGCAUUACAAGUGGAAGGACCUGAAGAGGAAAUUGCUUCUGAUUUAGAGUUGCCUACACUAAAGGAUAAUAUUGAGCUUAAUGGUGCUUCUGUUAACAUAAACAAUUCACCUGCAGAAGUGAAUGCAUAUAACAAAGCAAAUAAUGAACCUGCUGAAGAGGGCAAAACCGUCAGUGAUAAUGUCUUUCUUGGAGAAUCAGUUAGAGAAGAGCUUUACAUUUUUUAUGAGGCAAAUGAGUCGGUGACACAAUCUAUGGCGAGUUCAAGCACUUUAAAAUCAUUUUCUAAGCAUGCCUCUGUUCUGAAUAGCAAUAAAUAUUCUUCAUCAUUGAGGACCUCUGCACUAAGAGGAGCAGAAUUAUCAGCACAGGUUUCUCUUCAGACUGCAGAACAUGUGCAAGGAAAAUUACCAAUUGCAUGUUAUAAAGAAGGUCUUCCCCACAGGAGGAGAGAUUCUGGAAAAGUCAAUGGAUUUCCAAGAGACAGGGAGAUUAGAGAUAUGCCUCUAGAUAGUUAUAAAAAUUUUCCUCAGUUCCCCCACCCAAGUAUGAUGCAAGUUACUGACAAAAAGCAUCCUUCAGAACAACUUAGUGCUUACAAUCGAUUGCUAAAAGAGGGGCGGUUAACUCAGUGCGUAGAAUUGCUUGAAGAUAUGGAAAGAAGUGGUUUGUUGGAUAUGAACAAGGUUUAUCAUGUAAAGUUUUUUGAGAAGUGCAAAGGUCAAAAGGCUGUUAAGGAAGCUUUUCGUUACGCAAAGCUGAUCCCAAAUCCAACGUUGAGCACGUUUAACAUGCUUGUGUCAGUGUGUGGGAGUUCUCAAGAUUCAGAGGGAGCUUUCCGAGUUCUGCCACUUGUUCAGGAGGCUGGACUGAAAGCUGAUUGCAAACUUUACACUACUCUGAUAUCAACUUGUGCUAAAAGUGGGAAAGUUGAUGCAAUGUUUGAAGUGUUUCACAAGAUGGUCAAUGCGGGAGUUGAACCAAAUGUUAACACAUAUGGAGCCCUUAUUGAUGGUUGUGCCAGAGCUGGACAAGUGGCUAAGGCAUUUGGUGCGUAUGGGAUAAUGAGGUCUAAGAAAGUGAAGCCAGACCGAGUUGUAUUCAAUGCGCUUAUUACUGCAUGCGGUCAAUCAGGGGCAGUGGAUCGUGCUUUUGAUGUGUUAGCAGAAAUGGGGGCUGAGACACAGCCUAUAGAUCCUGAUCAUGUCACUAUAGGUGCUUUAAUAAAGGCAUGUGCAAAUGCUGGUCAGGUUGAUCGGGCACGAGAAGUAUAUAAGAUGAUUCAUCAAUAUCACAUUAAGGGCACUCCAGAUGUUUACACAAUUGCUGUUAAUUGUUGCAGCCAAACUGGUGAUUGGGAAUUUGCUUGCAGUGUGUACAAUGACAUGACUAGGAAUGGUGUGGUCCCUGAUGAGAUGUUUCUCAGUGCAUUAAUAGAUGCUGCAGGCCAUGCUGGAAAGCUGGAUGCUGCCUUUGAAAUCUUACAAAAAGCCAGGGUUCAAGGAAUACAGAUUGGAAUUGUAUCAUAUAGCUCUUUGAUGGGAGCAUGUAGCAAUGCCAAAAACUGGCAGAAAGCAUUGGAGCUAUAUGAGGAUCUCAAAUCUAUGAAAAUGAAGCAAACUAUUUCAACAGUGAAUGCUUUGAUCACGGCCCUGUGUGAUGGGGAUCAACUACCGAAGGCUAUGGAAGUUCUAUCUGAGAUGAAGGAACUUGGAUUGUCCCCUAACAGCAUCACAUACUCCAUACUUCUGGUGGCGAGUGAAAAAAAGGAUGAUCUAGAAGCAGGCCUCAUGGUCCUUUCUCAAGCCAAAAAGGAUGGGAUAAUCCAUAACCUCGUUAUGUGUAGAUGCAUAGUUGGUAUGUGCUUACGGAGAUUUGAGGAGGCUUGUAAACUUGGUGAACCUGUUUUGUCUUUUGACUCAGGACAGCCACAUGUCGACAAUAAAGGGACGUCAGUGGCGUUAAUGAUGUACCGUGAAACAAUUGUAUCUGGUGUAAUGCCUACAAAUGAAGUUUUAUCACAAGUUCUGGGAUGCCUGCAAUUCCCCUGCGAUGCGUCCGUGAAAGAUAAACUCAUUGAGAAUCUGGGAGUGAGUGGUGACACUUCAAGAUGCUCAAACCUCUGUUCAUUAAUAGAUGGGUUUGGAGAAUAUGACCCUCGUGCUUUUUCAUUAGUUGAGGAAGCUGCUUCACUUGGAAUUGUUCCAUGUGUAUCCUUUAAAGCAAGUCCUAUUGUUGUUGAUGUAAGAAACUUGGAGACUCAUACUGCUGAGGUCUACCUGUUGACUGUUUUGAAAGGUCUCAAGCAUCGGCUUGCUGCUGGUGCAAAGUUACCUAACAUAACCAUUUUACUGUCUGUGGAUGAGACAAAUUUUAUUUCUCCGAAGGGGGAGAGGACAAUCAAUCUUUCAGGAAGGGCUAGCCAGGCAGUUGCAGCAUUACUUAGAAGACUUGGAUUACAGUACCAAGGGAAUGAAUCAUACGGAAAAAUCAGAAUUAAUGGGCUAUCCCUGAGAAGAUGGUUUCAGCCAAAGCUCACUUCUCCAUUCAGUGGGAAACCAGGAGAUUGGAGCUCAUCCCAGUCACGACUAGGAAAAGGGAUCAUCCAUCAGCAGCGCAACAUUCGAACUGGAAAUCUGUCUCUGGAUUAAGGUGGCAAUGUGUAUUCAUUCCUACCAGGUGACAGCUUCACAGUAUCUUAUGCAACUAUACUGGCAGAAGCUGAUGCUAUUAACAGUAUCGUUAAUGACUCCUGUUUUGGGGUGUCCCGACAAUUAUAUACCUGCACGUGAGCAAAAGAUUCUCAGCUUCUACUCGCCACUUCUCCAACUACCUUCAACUAUUAAUCAAUUUAGGAUAUGCACCUCUGUAUGCAUGCUCCUCGGAAUGCAACUACUUUAUCUCCUAACCCUAACUUACCACUCCAUUCUUCGAAGAUUGACACGUCAAUAGAUGUUGUAAGCACCUUCUGUCCACAGACUGAGGAAGAUUGUGAGCUGAGGAAAAUAAAGUGAAUAUACCUUCUUUGGUUCAAGAAUUUCUUGCAAAGUGAAGAGAUAGCCUUUGAUUUCAAGCAAUUCAUGCAAAAUGAAAAGCGAGGUGGCGCACUGUGAGCAUGUUGUCCAUUUUGAGAUGCAUUGCAUUGCAAGGUCAUGAUCUUUGAUUUCAACACCAAUUCAUGGAAGGAGAAGGGACAGAUGUGGAGCUCUGUUUAGCAUGUUUGUUCAUUUUGAGAUUUACCCACUGCCUUUUUAAUUGGCUACAGCUUCAGUGAUGGCCCCUUUAAUAGGGCAUUACGAGCGUUAAAUUAAUAAACUAGCUAGAGAGCUGCUACAUUAUAAUAUUAUAGUUGAGUAAAGCAGAUGUAAUUUGUCUACGUACAACUAUUAUAGCCUUAUAGGCUGUUCGGCAUAGCUCUCUCUCUACUCCAUUUUGGGGUGCUAAAUUUUGUUCCGGACAAAGUUUUUUUCUAAACUGGGUUGGAGGAAAUUUUUCCAACUGAGGUUGUUAAAUUCUUCCAACCCAGUUCGGAUUCGGAGCAAAGCUUUGUCAUUUUGUUUCGGGAUGCAAAGUCAAUUAUGCAACAUUUUCAUUUGGGUAGGUGAGUAUAUUGACCCACCCCUUCCUA